AUGUUCCUUAGAGACCUUUGGUUGUUCUUGAAUGGAGCUGUAUUAACAUCAACUGUUCUAUCCAUGAUAUUUGGCAGAAGAUAUCCAUAUCUAUUCUUCGUUUCAUACUUAUGUAUAAUUUUGUUGUAUUCAUUAGUUAUAUAUCUUAAUGCAAGAAACAUAAGAGAUCUCAGACAAUUGAAAUCAUACUUAUGGAAGAAUGAUUCAUUCCAUAUUCUCGUAAUUACACUUGUAUUUGCCUUAUUUACAAUUAUACAACCAAUUUGGAUAUUUGCAUACGGAUUUUCUGCAUUUUAUCAACUUCUCAAUUUUGUUGUUUCGCUUUAUAACGGAGUUCAGGAAGAUCAGGUUCCAAAAUUGAUUCAGUACUUAAGAAAGUUUAACCAAAUUCUUACAAAUCCACCAUUGGCACGAAGCUUAUUAGUGAGACUCGAAUUAUUUACAAUGUUGGGAAUUAGAUACCCUAAUGUACUCAUAACAAUGGCUUUACAGAUUGGUUACUUAGUAUUUGGUGUUCUCUUUAGAUACGCAACGGACGAUAUCCAUAGAAUGUAUUGGGCACAAUGGAAGACUACACUUUUGGGAUUAAGUCAGAGAUUCCCGGCCAUUAGCUCAAUCGUGAACGCAGUAAUCCGUAACUUUGAGAAUUUUGGCGUACUUGCCUAUAGAUUGUACCAAUAA